UUUACUUCCUGGUUAGCACUCGUCCAUUCUCCCGUAAUCAAAACAAAGCACCACGGAAGCGCUUUCCUUCUCCAAAACAAAUCAACGUCAAGUAAAAUGACACGUUCUUGUAAUACGUAAUGGCAGAGCGUAAGAGAAAACUGCCAUCACGCAAAGGCGAUAGAAAAGCAAAUCAUGAAAGCGAACUAGUUGCUGAGCGUAAACAGCAAAAACUAAAUGAGACGGUGCACAGUGUUUAUUUCAGUAAUGAUCGAACUACUGACCUGCGAAGGAGACUGGGAGAAGAUUUUUUCACACAACCUUGCGUCGCUUUGGCUAAAGCUUUCCUCGGCAAGGUCCUGGUGCGGCGGCGCGAGGACGGUACGGAAUUGAGAGGCCGCGUGGUGGAGACAGAGGCGUACCUGGGGGGCGAGGACAAGGCGUCGCACUCUGCGGGGGGCAAGCGCACAGAGAGAAACACGGCCAUGUUCAUGAAGCCCGGCACCAUUUAUGUGUACCCAAUCUACGGCAUCUACCUCUGCAUGAACGUGUCCAGUCAAGGUGACGGCGCCGCUGUGCUGCUGCGCUCGCUGGAGCCACUGCAGGGCCACGCUGUCAUGAUGCAGCUGAGGGCCGCCAGGCGCAAAGACGGAGCUCGGCCUCUCAAGGACAAGGAGCUGUGCAACGGCCCCUCCAAGCUGUGCCAGGCUCUGGACGUCCCGCGCUCAUUCGACCGCCGGGAUCUGGCGUCCGACCCCGAGGUGUGGCUGGAGGACGCAGAUCCCGCUGCAGGAGACGCCCACCACGAGGUCAUGGUGGAGGCACCGCGUAUCGGCAUCGAGUCCCACGGGGAGUGGGCCAAGAAGCCUCUGCGGUUUUACCUCAAGGGGAACGCUUGUGUUAGCGUGGUGGACAAAGUGGCUGAAAGACGAGAGAAUCCAUCUGACCUCCAAACCCUGUAACCAUACAUAAAUGGACAAAAGUAUUGAGACGCAGAUUGUAUCGAUUCAACUCACUGUCACAAGCUCAUUGAACUCAGUGAAGCUCUGCUUACCUUCCACGAUGGCAGAAGGGUCGCCCUUGUGGCGAUGCGGAAGUUUCUGCAUGAUCGUGACACCGACCUUCGCUUGAAAGCAGCUCUGCAUCUUCAUCCGGCUGAGCUUUGAAGUCAUGGAAGGAGAAAUUCAGUACGACGUCCGUUAGAAUGUAAAUAAGUCCGAAGGAAUCGUUUACACGUGGCCCGCAGAUCUUGUGUUUCCAAAUUGUGUUCCAAAAUUUUAAUUCAUCUUAAUAUAAGAUAUUUUGGACAAUUAUCACCUCUCAAAAGUCAAAAAGAUUGAAAGUGAAAUCUGGGGUUACAACUCAAUUUUUUCUAAGUGACUUUUUGCUGUUGUACACACCAAAAACAAGAUUUAAAUCAACCCUU